CAGGAUAUGAGAAUGAAAACCAGUCUGGUGUGCUAACAUUGCAAAGGAUCAAUCGAGAAGGAAGAUCUUUGGAAAUCAAUGGGGACCAAAAUAAGAUGAAAUUAAGAACUACUUCAAAAAAUUACUUCAGUCCUUCCUGAUGAAACAUGCAGAAAUGCGAAUGGGAACUUUCUCUGGGAUGUCAUCCCCUCAGAUGCGCUCCUCUUUCCCGCCCUUUGUACAAUCCUGGCACUUUGCCCCUAAUCCACCAGGGGGCGCCCUCCGCCAAGAGAAGGAAACUCCCGGCGCUUCCCCAUUGGUCCACUGGAGGGGGAAGUCAUGACCGGCUUUGUAGGGGUGGCCGGGAAGAAAGUGACAUCAUGAAAGCUUGCCGCUCUAGGAUGGUGCACUCGCUCUCCUUAACCCCUGGGGCGCCGCAGGAAUCGAAGAGGCUGCAGGAGAGUCUGGGGGGGGGGGGAGAUCCAGACAUGCCCCGGAUACACAAAGUCGAAACCAUUUGAAAUCUUUGCAAACCACAUUUUUUCUCUUGGGGGAAGAAAAAAAAGAGCGGAAUCCCUUGGAGGGAUCAGUCGUGGAGCACCAGAAAUGGUCCCAUGAAGGAAAAGGCAUCUGGAGACCCACCAGAGUCCUUGGAGCCAUUUGCAGUUGCUCUGCAGGACAGAGAAAGGAUGGAGACACAACCUUUUGGAAAGGAGGGAAGCGGAAAAGGCCCUUCAGCUGCUCAGCCUGGGAAGUGGGGGAAGCUCUGGACAAGGACUGGGCAGGAGAUCCUGGAGGAGGAAACCCUCCUCCCUUCAGAAGUUCAGCCCUCAAAGUUCACCCAAUGGCAGGAGCUUGAGGGUCCCCGAGGAUUUUGCAGCCACCUCCAUGGCUUUUGCAGGCGAUGGCUGAGAUCAGAAAAGCACACCAAAGCUCAGAUGCUGGACCUGGUGGUUCUGGAGCAGUUCCUGGCUCUUCUGCCCCCAGAGAUGGAGGACUGGGUGCGGGAAUAUGGAGCAGAGACAAGCUCCCAGGCGGUGGCCCUGGUGGAAGGCUUCCUCCUAAGCCAAGCGGAGGAGCAGAAGGAGCAGGUCGAGUUGCAGUGCUGCACUGUGGAGAUUAGAGAUCCUGAGGGAAAGAAGAACCCAUCAAAUCCUCUUCAGGAGCUAUUUUUCAGGAGGAUCCCUUGGGAGGAUCAAAGUCAGGACAUCUCAGGAGAGAAAAAAAGCAUGAAGUUUUCUGGUUUUUAUGAUGGCAAUCAAAGAGCGGUUGAACCUCUAAAUCAAGAGAGUCUUGUGUCCUUCGAGGAGGUGGCUGUGUAUUUCUCUGAGGAGGAAUGGUCUCAGUUGGAUCCUGACCAGAAAGCGCUGCAUUCGGAAGUCAUGCUUGAAAACCAUAGGAACGUGGUCUCUCUGGGUAACAAUGGUCAGAAGAAUCAAGAUUCCUGUGAACUGUUCCAAGUGAUCAAUGCUAAAGAUGGAAGGGAGAAGUUUGAAAUUGAAAUGGAAUUUGAAAGCCAUGAGAAAAAACAGUCAAAAAAUUGGAAUCAGGAGAGCUCAUCUUCCUCUGAUGCUGCGAUGCAGGACUUUAUUGCCCAACAAGAAAAAAUAAGGGGAAAAUAUACUGGAAAAAGUGUGAAGCUAAUCAAAGCUAAAUUACAUUUAAAUGAAAACUAUUUAACCCAAAACAAAGGAGAAGAUGCUAUAAAAAGACACAACGGACAAAAUUACAAUGGAACAUUUGUUCUUUCUCUUGAAAAUAAGUUCCUUACAUCUCGAAAAGUGAUUGACACAGAAGAGAAGCCAUUUAAACACAUGGAGUGUGGAAAGACCUUUACUCGAAGAGGUCCACUUAUUUCCCAUAAGAUGAUCCACACAGGGGAGAAGCCAUAUAAAUGCAUGCAGUGUGGGAAAACCUUUAUUUAUAGCAGUCGACUUAGGGUCCACAGUAAGAUCCACACAGGAGAUAAACCAUAUAAAUGCACGGUGUGUGGGAAAACCUUCACUUAUAGGAGUGGACUCAUUAACCACAAAAAGAUCCACACAGGAGAAAAGUUGUAUAAAUGCAUGGAGUGUGGGAAAACCUUUACUCAAAGCAGUGGACUCAUUAACCACAAAAAGAUCCACACAGGAGAGAAGCCAUAUAAAUGCAUGGAGUGUGGAAAGACCUUUACUCAAAGAGGUCAUCUUAUUUCCCAUAAGACAAUCCACACAGAGGAAAGGCCGUAUAAAUGCACGCUGUGUGGGAAAACCUUUACUCGGAGUAGUGGACUUACUAUGCACAAAAAGAUCCACACAGGGGAAAAGCCAUUUAAAUGCAUGGAGUGUGGAAAGACCUUUACUCAAAGAGGUAAUCUUAUUUCCCAUAAGAUGAUCCACACAGGGGAGAAGCCGUAUAAAUGCAUGGAGUGUGGAAAGACCUUUGCUUGGAGCUAUGCUCUUACUUCCCAUAAGAAAAUCCACACGGGAGAAGCCAUAUAAAUGCAUAGAAUGUGGAAAGAGCUUUGCUCAGAAUGGAAAUCUUAUGUCAGCCUCUAUGAUGCUUGCUUGCUAUCGGCUGCCAUAGUAAUGGGGGGAGAGGGAGGGAAGGUUGGCAUUUGGGUGGGGGAUGUGAACUGGAGAGAGAUUGCCCUAUGUGAAGAAAUAGGGAGGACUGCUCCUAUGAUCUACUGCGCAGCUUGAUGGACUUGUUUAUGCACAGUCAAGGUCAACCGUCCCAGAAUUCCAGAUGGAUGAAAACACCUGAAGAUGCAUCCCACGUGACACCAAUUGGGAUGGGGAUUGGACGUUAACCGUGGGUCUUUGGAGGAGGGAAUUGGGGAUACUUUCAGUAUGUAACUUUCGUGCCUUUUGCUUCAGAUCUUGCUUUUCUUUCGUUGCUAUCAGUUCAUAUUCAGUGAAAGUACCUUUCUCUACAAACACGGAGUUGGGUUUUUCCUUUCUUGAGUUUGGAAUGGAGGCACGCCUGACAUCUUACUUCUCACAAAUGGAUGCAAGCUCGUGAGAAACUAGAUAGCGAUAGUAAUUCCACUUAGACUUAUAUACCACUGUAAAAUGCUUUACAACACUCUCUCAGCAGUUUACAAAGUCAGCAUAUGGUCCCUAGCAAACUGGGUCCUCAUUUUACCCACCUCAGAAGGAUGAAAGGCUGAAUCAACCAUGAGCCGGUCAGGAUCGAACUCCUGGCUGUGGGCAAUUAGCCUAUAGUACUGCAUUCUAGCCACUGCCUCACCAUGUCUAUAGCUCUUUAUGUAUAUGCAUAUUGUGCCUUUCUGAUCCAAAUGAGACAAGGUUGAAUCCAACAAAAUGAAAUUUAAUGUGGGGGGAAAAAAAGGUUUUACACCUGGGGAGGAAAAACAGUACCUGAAACCUGGCUCAAAAACAGUAACUGUGAGAGGGACCUUGGAGUCCGAAUGCAUGAGUGAUGUGUGCAGCAGCAGCCAAAAUAGCUAAUAUUCAAAACAAAAGUUUUCCUGUAGGAACUAAGGUCAUCCUGACAGAUUUAACAGAUUAACAGAGUUGGAAGUGACACUAUAGGUCCGUGAUGGAGAACCUAUAGCACGCGUGCCACAAGUGGCAUGCAGAGCCCUCUCUGCAGGCACGGGAGCUGUCGGCCAGCUCAGCUCCACUGCACAUGCACGACCGCUUCCCGCCAGCCAGCUGAUUUUCAGAUCUGCCCUGCAAGCGGCAUGCGUGGGGAGGCCUACCUUUCUCCUCACUUUCUGCUGCCUGUGCCUUCCCAGAUCUCCGGAGAUUCCCCUCCCAGCGUUGUUUUGGGAGUUUGGGACUUCAACUCCCAGAAUUCCCCAGCCAGCUAUGCAGCUUCUGGGAGUUGAAGUCCAUUCAUCUUCAAGUUGCCAAGGUUGAGAAACACUGCUCUAGAUGAUAGAGGAUUGGCCCAGCAGCCUCCCAGCUACCUUCAUUAGACAAUGAUCGAUGACACCUGGGGAAGAAACAUUUGCUCCUUUAAUUAAGGGAAAACCACGGGAACUUUUAGAGUUGGAUUUUGCUAGCUAUGCCCAUAUGGGGUAUCCAAUAAACAUGUUCUUUGAGGAAUCAA